GACGUCAUCGAUUUGCGAUGCCAGAAAGUCCAAAAUAUUUUGGGAGUUUUUUUAUCAUCCGUACGAAAAAGUUUGUGAAAUUUUCGCUUGAAGUUAGGCUUUAAUAUCAAAAUUAGUGACGAUAUAAAACUCAGCGCAACAUGAGUGAAAAAUCCAGCAAUCCAUACGACAUGGACAGUCCCAGUUUCGAUUCGGAUCGCUAUCUGCAGAAACUGCUAAAGGAAUGCUCCCUCAAACAAAUAAUGGACACGGAGGCGGCCAUCGUCCGGCAGACCCAGACGCUGCACAGCGACAUGCAAACGUUGGUGUACGAAAACUACAACAAGUUCAUUUCGGCCACGGACACGAUCCGGAAGAUGAAGACCGACUUCAAGAGCAUGGAAACGGAGAUGAACCUGCUGGUGUCCAACAUGGCCUCGAUAACGGAGUGCAGCGAGAAGAUAACGGACACACUGCAGGAGACGCGCACGCAGUUGACGCGGCUUUCGGGAAAGCACCAGCUGUUGAAGAAGUUGCAAUUUUUGUCGUCACUUCCGGCCAAGCUGAAGACGCUGAUCGAGGAGGGGAACUACCAGCAGGCGGUUCAGGAGUAUUCGCACGCGCAGAAGGUGCUGCAGCAGUACGGGAAUCAGCCGUCGUUUCAGGGCAUUCAGGAGGAUUGCGUGAAGAUCUUGGGGGACUUAAAGAGGCUGCUGAAGCAGGAGUUCCAGAAGACGGGGAAGACGGCGCAGUCGCUGACGGAGAUCGGGGAGUUGCUGCUGCAACUGGAUGAGAAGCCUUCGGCAUUGGCCAAGGAGAUGUUGGAAUGUGCGACGAAGAGGUUGCACGAGCAGCUGGUUAUGUUGCAGGAUCAAACGGAUCGGGACAUGAUCGAGUUCAUCGAUUUGGGGAUUGAAGGAUUCUUGAACGAUCUGACGCUGGUGAUCAGCUCGUACAAUGACAUGUUUUUGGUGAAGCACAUCGAGCAGGAAGUGGACGAUUUCGAGAUAAUCGCCAGAAUGGAUUUGAAUGAUUUUGUCAAUCGAAACAUCGAUGAGUAUUUGGCGCUAGUGCAGGAUCGGGCGGAAGUAGAGAUCGGUCAUGGAGAUUCGCAGAUCAUUUUGAGAGGGCUGGAUCGAUUGCAUCGUAGGUUGACCGCAAUGAAAUCGCUCUGCCGAGCGUUGGACAUGACCAAAUCCGGAAUUGAUAUCAUCAUCAAUGCGGCUUAUCAGUUGUGUAAGUCUCACAUGAAAUCCCUCAAGGACCACUUUUCGGACAAUCUCAGCUCGAUCCGGUUGGCGUUGGUAUCAGUGAAGUCGGACACGUCAUCAUCUUCAUCCAAUUCGACCCAUUCGAGUCUCAAAGAGCUUAUAGCCAACCUGUACGUCUCCACGAUGGAGAAAGUGAAAGGACUUCUUCAGGAUCUGCUCAUUUUCCUCCAAUCCGACUGGUCGUUCAAUCUAAAAACUGACCCCAAAGGAUCCGCCUGCAUCGAAAGCAUUCGGGAAAACCUCCUGGUGGGAUUCCUCCGACAUAUUUCCACCACCAUGAACGCUUUUGGAAGCAUCAACUCCUCGAGCCCACCAACCUUGCUCUUGAUCCUGUCCAAGAUGUGCCUCGAAAUGGACAAAUCUGGAGUACACGUUCUGAUCUCCCUCGUGGACGAACUGUACGACAUCGAUUCCGAGAACAGUACCACCCUUGUCCACGAAACCGAACUUUGCUCGGAAAUGCGCGAUUCAGCUCAGCAUCUGCUGGACUCCUAUGUCCGCCUCCAGGGCCUGAAUCUCUCCCAGAUGCUUCGGAAAAGUGUCGAAACACGUGACUGGCUCAACUGCCUGGAACCCCGCUCGGUCCGCGCCGUCAUGAAGCGCGUAGUCGAGGAGCUCUCGGCCAUCGAUACCGUCCUCGGCGAGCUGUACGACACCAACGAGCUCCGCACCGCGGCCAGUAGCGAUUCCAGCCGGAAGACCCACUUCAGCCUGACAGCCUCCAAGCAGUCCCAAUACCGAUCGACGUGGUCCACCUACACCCCGUCGCAAAUGGACAGUAGCUUUGUGUCGAACAUCCAUCGGCUGUUUUCCGAGAAGAUCGAAAUCUUCAGCUCGGUCGAGUUCUCCAAGGUGUCCAUCAUAACGGGGAUCAUCAAGAUCUGCCUGAAGACGUUGCUCGAGUGCGUCCGGUUGAGGACUUUCAGCAAGUACGGGCUGCAGCAGAUUCAGGUGGAUGCGCACUAUCUGCAGAUGAAUCUGUGGCGAUUUGUGACGGAUGAGAAUCUGAUUCAUGUUCUGCUGGAUGAAAUCCUUGGAUCUGCUGUCCUGCGGUGUUUGGAGCCGAUUCUGAUGGAGCCCAAUGCGGUGGAAAUUAUCUGUGAAAGAAACUAACGUAAGUGGAUGGAAAUGCAUUCCCCCUUUUAAUCGUACUUAUUUAUGUAUUGUAGAGACUAUUAUAUUAUUCCAAAAUAUUGU